ACCGGGCUGGCAGAGACGGCGUCGGAACUAGCUGGAAGACUCGACCCAGAGCUGCUCAACAGUUCUCAAAGUCCGGGCUCUCGGCGCGUGGCUCCGUGUGCGCCCAGGCGGCGCUGGGGCGCGGGGACCCCGGGCUGCUGCAUGGUGGGCGGCCCGGGACAUGCCCCGCACCCCACGCCGGACGCCCCCGUGGCUCCUCUGGCUGCGACUCCUUCGGACUCUGGGACUAGAUCGACCGACGCCCUAACUUCUGACUUUGGGGUCCCCCAGCCCUAGAGGAAUGGGCAGCUCGGCUGGGGGAGCCCCGGGCAUGGUGUGACGGGGCGGGCGGCGUGGCUGCGUCCCCCACUGCGGCCACGCGUGGUCUCCGCGUCUUCCGUCAUGUAGCUACUGUCCCCGCUCCUCUCGGCCUCCAACCGCAGUCUCCGAGACCUCCGGCCUCCAGCCACCAACUCUUUGUCCCCCCAGGAUCCCGCCUCGGUCUUCGCGUCCUCAGGAUUGCAACAGCCGUCUCUUCGUCCUCCGGAUUCCAGUUUCGCUACCCCCCACCCCGCCCGCUGCCUUCGUGCCCCUGGGACACCAGCCGCGGUCCCUGCUAUCUCCCCAGGAUCCAGCCACUGCUCCUGAGCACCCCCUGCAACCCACCCUGCAGCCGUCGUCCCUGCUCUCCGGCCGGUCUAGACUGCGGUCACGGUCUCCGCGUUUCCCCCAAGCCGUGACCUCGGCGCCCCCGGGAAUCCAGCUGUCGCGCCGCUGGCCGCAGGUGCAGCAGCCGCCUCGCGCCGCGCGCCCCGAGCGCGGCCGCGCCUCGGCGGGGAGAUGAACGGGCAGCUGGACGGUCUGUCGGUGAGCUCGUCCUCCACCGGCUCGCUGGGUUCGGCGGCCGCGGCGGGAGGCGGCGGGGGCGCGGGGCUGCGGCUGCUGUCUGCCAACGUGCGCCAGUUGCACCAGGCGCUCACGGCGCUGUUGAGCGAGCCGGAGCGGGAGCAGUUCACCCAUUGCCUCAACGCGUACCACGCGCGCCGCAACGUCUUCGACCUGGUGCGCACCCUGCGCGUCCUGCUGGACAGCCCGGUCAAGCGGCGUCUGCUGCCCAUGCUGCGACUGGUCAUCCCGCGCUCCGACCAGCUGCUCUUCGACCAGUAUACGGCCGAGGGUCUCUACCUGCCAGCCACCACCCCCUAUAGGCAGCCCGCCUGGGCCGCUCCCGACGGCGCAGGGCCCGGGGAGGUGCGGCUCGUGAGCCUGCGGCGCGCCAAGGCCCACGAGGGCUUGGGCUUCAGCAUACGUGGGGGCUCGGAACACGGUGUGGGCAUCUACGUGUCACUAGUGGAGCCGGGCUCUCUGGCUGAGAAGGAAGGGUUGCGGGUCGGGGACCAGAUUCUGCGCGUCAACGAUAAAUCUCUAGCCCGGGUGACCCACGCGGAGGCUGUCAAGGCUCUCAAGGGCUCCAAGAAGCUGGUGCUGUGUGUGUACUCAGCCGGGCGUAUCCCUGGGGGCUAUGUCACCAACCACAUCUACACCUGGGUGGACCCCCAGGGCCGCAGCAUAUCCCCUCCCUCCAGCCUGCCCCAGCCACAUGGCAGCGCCCUGAGACAACAUGAGAAUGACCGAAGGAGUGCCCUACACCUCCUGCAGGAUGGAGAUGAGAAAAAG